CCGGCAACGACCGCAGACGUGGCCGCGAUGGUCGAGGCCCACGCGGCGCCGCUCCUCGUCGUCUCGGCGUGCUACCUCGUACUGCCGAUCGAGCUUCUCUGGCGACCGUCGCACACGCUGCCGCCAACGUCGUCCAACCAAGGCAUCAAGUACCGUUGGUACCUGCGCUGCAUGCGCCUCGCCACCGCGCUCUGCGUGCUUGUCUGCGUCGGUCUGCCCGUCGUCAUCAUCGCGGGGUCCGACUGGCCAUGCGCAACGCUCUUUGCCUUGCGAGUUGUCAUUCCGUCCUGUACCACGGGCCUCGUACUCAUCGCACACAUAUCGGUGCUCUUGGCGUGGUCCAUGACCAAUCUAUUCGCGCAACUCGCCGACCCGCGGGCACCGUCACGGGUUGUGCUGCGCCAGCUGCAGUCACUCCGCACGCACGUGGCGCCGGCGCGGUUCUUCUGCGCGUCCACGACCUUCUUCAUCGUUGUCUUGUCGCCGUAUCUGUUCGUGGAUCCUCCGAUUUUUGCCUUGGACGUGGCGACGUGCCAAGGCGACGCGCGCUACCACGCCAUCGCCACCACCCAAUUGGUGCCGAGCUUCAUCACGACCGUGCUCGCAUGCAUUGUUGGGUGUCGCUACCGACGCGCUAUCGAUGACCCGUCCAUGGGUUUCAUCAAAGCGUAUGUCCGGACGCUCUGUAGUGCGCUUGUGACGUCACUACUCCUCCUCCUUGUCGGCGUCGCGCCGGCCCACUGGACGCUCUGGCGCUACUACGUCGACGACAUUGCCGUUACGUGGCUCCACUUUGCAGUUGUCGGCGUUUUUCUGCACAGCCACCGCGCCGUCGGCUACGGGAACAAGGUGCUGGCGACGGGACCGCACAUUAGCUCGGUCGCGUCGGUCGCGGGCGUCGAGUACGAUAGGACAACGGUCGCUGCCGACUUGGCCGAGUUCCUGAGCGACCCCGACCACUACGAUCACUUUCUCGGCUUUUGCUUGGCGCGCCACGAAGUCAACGAGGUUCUUGCGUGGAAGGUGAUUGCUCACUACCGCCACGAAACGAUCCCAGCGGCAAUGGUCUACGACGAGUGCAUGGGCCCCGGCGCAGUCCUCAUCACGGCCAUCGGGCGCGACCUCGGGCCGCGCACGCUUGCGGCCCUUGCGGCGCCAUUGCCCAAUACGCUUGAUGAAAUCUUUGCCGAGCUCUCGUACAAGCUGCUCUUGCACGUUGGCGACGCGCUCCUCCCGAGCUACCGCCGCAGUGCCAAGCAGUGGGACGUGUUUGUCCAGCGAUCGUCGAUCAUCAAGCGGUACCAGCAGCCGACGCAGGCAGUGCUGGGCGAAAGCGCAUCCAACUUGGCCCUGCGCGCGUCGAGCGAGCGCGAGUCCAACAACUCGUGCCAAUCGACGACCAACGGCCCGCGCAGCUUCCGUCUCGGCGACGUCGUCACGCCCGAGGCGCUCGGGCUCCCGGCGACUCCAUCCCCACCGCCCCGGGCCGUCGCGCCCAAGCUCUCAAAGGACCGCCGCGAGAACACGCUCGCGCGGCAGUCGACCCAAGACAUUCUCCGUGGUAUCCAGACGCAGUGCAGCCCAUAGCAGGACACGUCGUCGUCGUGGUCCGCGUUAACUUAUUCGCCUUUCCAGCCCUCGCUGUGGCAUCGCAGCUAUAUCCUAUGUACUAUGCUUG